ACAGUACAGGAUCAUUAGUGAAGAAACACUCUGGCCACUUCAAGAUGACAAGCACUCACUGGGCUAAAUUACUUCACUGAAAGGAAACCUCAUAUUAGACAGAACUUUUCAAAAGGUCUCACCUUUGGACAUUACAAUGACGAAUGCCACCACCACCAGCCAGCCCCUAGAGGGCUCCUGUCCCCAGAACACCCUCAUAACCCAGCAAAUCAUCCCCGGGCUCUACUUCGUGGUCUUCGUGGCCGGGGUCCUGCUCAACGGCGUGUCGGGGUGGGUGUUCCUCUCCGUGCCCAGCUCCAAAAGUUUCAUCGUCUAUCUCAAGAACAUCGUCGUGGCCGACUUUCUGAUGAGCCUGACGUUCCCCUUCAAGAUUCUGGGCGACUCGGGCCUGGGCCCCUGGCAGCUGAACGUGUUCGUGUGCAGGGUUUCUGCCGUGCUUUUCUACAUCAACAUGUACGUCAGCAUCAUGUUCUUUGGGCUCAUCGGCUUCGACAGGUAUUAUAAAAUUGUGAAGCCUCUCCUGACAUCCUUCAUCCAGUCGGUGAACAACAGCAAACUCCUGUCGGUGCUGGUGUGGGCGCUCACGCUCCUGCUCGCCGUCCCCAACAUGAUCCUGACCAACCAGAGCGUCAAGGAGGUCACGCGGAUAAAAUGUGUGGACCUUAAAAACGAACUGGGCCUCAAGUGGCACAAAGCCUCAAACUACAUCUUUAUAGGCAUCUUCUGGAUUGUGUUCCUUUCGUUAAUCAUUUUUUACACUGCUAUCACGAGGAAAAUCUUUAAGUCCCACCUUAAGUCCAAAAAGAAUUCCGUCUCAGUCAAGAAGAAAUCCAGCCGCAAUAUAUUCAGCAUCAUGCUCGUAUUUUUUGUCUGUUUUGUCCCUUACCACGUUGCUAGAGUCCCCUACACGCGGAGCCAGACAGAAACCCAUUUUAGCUGCCAGUCCAAAGAAAUCCUUCUCUACGUGAAAGAAUUCUCCCUGCUACUGUCAGCUGCAAACAUAUGCCUGGACCCCAUUAUUUAUUUCUUUCUAUGCCAGCCAUUUAGAGAAAUCUUAUGUAAGAAAUUACACAUCCCAUUAAAAGUUCAGCAUGACUCAGAAACUUCCAAAACCAGAAGGGGAAAUAUAACGCAAGAAAGCACAGAUACUUUGUGAAAUCCCACGGUUUUUCAAAUAAAAUCUGGGCAUACAUAUUGUAAACUUCUAUUACAUAAUUAAAAAGCGGAUAAGAAGCAUAUCCAUGAUAAUAAGUAUCAUCUCUAGGCAUUACUAACCAAUUUACUACAGUAAUAAAAUUAAAAUGUAAGUUUCCAUGCUUUUUUUUGUAACAUCAAGGAAAAAAUAAUAUGUUAUUCAGUCUCAUCCCAUCAAAAUAGAAGGUUUAAAUUUGUAAUCAAUAAUCUGGUCAGUUAAUAUAGAACUUUAAAUAGCAAAGAAAAUAGGACGCAAUCAAGACAAUUCACAGGUGCAUCUCCCUUCUCUAAACACAAGAAUUAAGUUAGCAAGGUAUGCAACUUUUUUCAACAGGGUCAUUAAAGACCACCUUAAAAGAAGGCACAGUUUGAUAAAGGAUUAGAGGCCUGCUUGUAGUUAAAAAAAAAAAAAAAAGUCAAGUUUUCUCUGAUUUGAAGAAGCAGGAUAAGUAGACACCCAAAAAAUUACUUAAGAAAUCCCCCAUUAGUAUCUCAAAGGAAAGUAGAUAGAAAUUCUGUAUAUUGUGGUAAAAAAUACAAAUUUUUUCUCUGAUAGCAUUUUGGAGACAAGAUACAUUUUAAAUAUGUUUUAUAUGAAGUUUAGUUAAACCACGUAGUAAGCCUGGGAUUCUGGUGUUAGAAUAUGUUUAAGCCAACUCUACAGAGAGGAUCUAGAUAUUGGCACAGACUGCCAGCAGCCUGCCCUGUUCAGUGGUGUACAAAAAAUACAGGUUGACUGAGAAAAGACACACACAAAUACCCGAGGCUGGCAACAUACAUUAUUACUCUCUAGGAGUGGAGAAAAGUAGUUUUCUUUUCUUAGAAAGCAACUGGACUUAAU